GUAAUGUCACGUGAGGUCGGGUCACAGGACCAGUGCUGCCGCCUGGUGGUGACACGAUCCGGGUACGACCGGCUCGCGGAGCGGGAGUCGCCCGCUGACGCUUGAGCCGCGCGGAGCUGCGCUUACGUUAUUCUUUUGUAUUGUUAUUCGUUCGUUAAAUAUAGGUACUGCGAGACAGUACAUAAUUCUGGCGACGAGGAUCAGUGAUCAGUGAUCAGUGAACAGUGACAGAAGAUCUGGCACCAGCAGCAAGAUGGAAGGGAUUCGUCCACCGGGACCAUUUCUGGCCACGGCAGCGACUGCAAGCAUCCCUUGGUCGGCCUGGUAUGCAGACUUCGAACUGUACGCGACAGCCAUCGGCUGGUCGCAGUGGGAUCCAGCUCGGCAGCAAGCGCUCCUGUUACACUGCCUGGGGCAGGAGGGUCGGCGUCGGUACCGGGUGGCGGCCGAGGCGGCCACUGCGGCACAACAUCGGGUCACGGCGUGCCCUCCGGCGACAACAGAGGUCAGCGGGACGAGCGAACCGGGAGCUAGCGGGACGGAGACAGCACCGCAGGUGAAGCGUGAGUCACAAGGUAAUGUGAUGUCAGAUUGUCUCUCGCUACUCCAGCAACUGUUUGAAAAGCCUAGAGAUGUCAUGUCUGAGAGGAUAAAGUUCCGUAGAUGUCGUCAGAAGCCGGGUGAAACAGUCACUGUAUUUUUGACGAAUCUGAGGGAACAGAGCAGACAUUGUGCUUUCGGGGCUUUAGAAGAUGAAAUGAUCCGUGAUCAGUUUGUUGAAGGAUGUGUGUCUAGUCGUCUGCGUGAUCGCUUGUGUGUGGAGGACCAGCUGACACUACAGCGCCUCGAGUCCAUAGCUCUGGCGGAGGACCGAGCCGUGGACAGACAGCGUCUGUUCGGAGAGGGAGGUGGAGCCAGUCGGCGUGACCACCCCGCCUCACCAGUCUCACCGCCGGUCGAGGUGGCUCUCGCGACUCGGAAGACGUCAUCGGCGCCGGUGGGUCAGCACACAAAAGGCAAGUCAUGCUAUGCAUGUGGGCGACUGGGACACGUAUCCACUGAUGAUGACUGUCCUGCUAAGGGGAAGAAGUGCAGGAAAUGUGGUGCAGUUGGGCACUUUGCAGUGAGAUGUCGCUCAAAAGUAAAACCCGUGCGAUCUGUUGAUGAAAAUGAUGCCGUGCACAUUCUCGCUGUGACUCAGAAUGACUGCGCUCUGAAAAUGAAGGUGAAGAUAGCUGGGUGUUGGAUGAACAUGCUGGUAGACACGGGAGCAGCAGUGUCGAUCGUACCCAGACAAGUGUAUGAGCAGCAACUGACUCACGUUCCUCUGCAGCCAACCACCUCCCGACUGCAGGCGUUUGGAGGCAGCCGGCUGGCGGUGGCAGGCGUGAUUGCGGUGACGGUGGAGACCGAGGACGGCCGGAGCUGUCAGAGCUCUCUGUACGUGGCGGACGGCAGCACAGCGCUGCUCGGACGCGAUCUGCAGAGGAGUCUUCACAUCUCCGUGAAGGACGGCUCAGUCGUCUGUGCGGUAGCCGACGCCGCACCGAGGUCAGUUGAUGAGACAACGAACGUGCUGCCGCCCAUCAGAGGGUUUGUUCACAGGGUUCAGCUGCGAGAUGACGCCGUUCCGGUCCAGCAGAAGCUGAGGCCGCUACCGUUCGCCAUCCGGGAGGAGGUGAAGCGACAUCUGCAGGAACUGGAAGAGCAGCAGAUCAUCGAGAGAGUAGACGGAUCACCCUGGAUCUCGCCGAUCGUCGUUUCUCGCCGCAGGUCAGGUCAGAUCAGAUUGUGUGUGGAUCUGCGGGUCGUCAAUGAGGCAGUCUCCACCAGUGGGUAUCCGUUGCCGGACAUGCAGGAGAUGCUUGAUCAGUUGGUGGGGGCUACCGUGUUCUCGACGCUAGACAUGAAAGCCGCCUAUCACCAGCUGAUGCUGCACGAGGACUCGCGGAACCUGACGGCGUUCGUGACGCACGAGGGCGUGUUCCGGUAUCGCAGAUGCUGCUACGGUAUGCGGUCGUUACCCAGCUGUUUUCAGAAGCUGAUGGAGACGAUCCUGCGAGGCCUGCCCGGUACCCAGGUGUAUCUGGAUGACGUCAUCGUGGCUGGUCGUACCAGAGAGGAGCACGACGCGAGACUGAAGACGGUGAUGGAGAAGCUGGAGGAGUACCAGGUGACGCUGAACGCAGAUAAGUGUCACUUUGGAGUUGAGCGGAUCGGUUUCCUGGGCUUCUCUGUCUCGAAAGACGGUAUCGAGAUCAACCCCAGUCGAGUUCAGGGUCUGCAGGAGCUGAAGGCACCGAGUACGGUGAAGGAUCUGCAAGCCAUGCUGGGGCUGCUCGGGUUUUACAGCCGUUUCGUUCCAGGGUACAGCUCUCGAGUCGAGGAGCUACGGCGGCCGCUGAGGAAGGGCGCACCACCCUUCAAGUGGACGGCCGAGAUGCAGUCUGCCUUCGAGGACGUGAAGGAAGCGAUCCUGACGAGCUCAGCACUGGCGAUGUUCGACCCGAGUCUGCCAACGACGGUGACAACGGACGCCAGUGACGUCGGUAUCGGUGCAGUACUCACUCAGACGCACCCUGAAGGUGAGCGCGUGGUCGCUUUUGCGUCCAGCACACUGUCACAGGCCCAGCGUCAGUACAGCGUCACUGAGCGGGAGGCACUGGCUUGUGUCUGGUCAGUGGAGAAGUGGCACAAAUACCUGUGGGGCAGGGAAUUUGUACUCAGAACGGAUCACCAGGCUCUCAAAACACUGAUGACGUCACGUGGUGUUGGCCGAGCGGGGAUGCGGAUUUCUCGCUGGGCGUGCCGUCUGAUGGAGUAUUCUUUUUCGGUACAGCACGUCAAGGGCAGCAUCAACCCAGCAGACGGCCUGUCGCGUCUGCCGGCACCGGUGGAGGUGGUGUCCGAGGACGAGCAGCUGGUGGUCGCCGCUCUCAGCGAGGAGACAGCGGCGGUGAGCGCUGACGAGCUGAAGGCGGAGUCCCGAGCUGACCACGUGCUCGGUAAGCUGAGAGAUCAGAUACCCCGUGCGUGGCCCCGACGCUUCAGUCAGUGCGUGCCAGAGCUGCAACCGUUCUUUCGCUGCAGGGACGAGCUCGCCGUCGUCGACGACAUCAUCCUGCGAGGAGGACGAGUGCUGGUACCGACUGCUCUCCGUACCAGGCUGGUGGAGCUGGCCCACGAGGGGCACCAGGGUAUGGUACGGACGAAACAGAGGCUACGAGACCUCUACUGGUGGCCAGGGAUGGACAGGGCGGUGGAAGAACAGUCAUCCGGCCUGGUGGAGAGAGCAAACAAGUCCAUCAAGGCUGCACUUCAGACGGCUGACCUGCAGAAGGCUGACAGAGCGGAAUGUCUGCAGGCGUUCCUGUUCGCGUACCGGAGCACGGUGCAGGCGACGACCGGACGCACACCUGCAGAGCUGCUUCACGGCAGGCCGAUGAGAGGCAAGCUCAGCGCGGCGGUGGACGUCGGUGGACGGCUUCCCGAGAGACCCGGAGAGCUGCACAGUCGGGUGGAGAAGCAGGCGUAUCAGAAGAGGUACUUCGACAAAACGCAUCGAGUGAAGAAGCCGGACUUCGAGAUCGAAGACCGGGUGCGGCAUCGUCUUCCGCCUCAGUCGCGCAAGGGCAGGCCCCGCUUCUCGCGCGUGAAGAAGGUGCUCGAGCGACGGGGACCAGCGAGCUACGUGCUCGACGACGGAACGAGGGUGCACGCGGAUCGGUUGACCAGCGGCGGCGGAGCGGUCACCGACAGCCGUGACGAGCAGCCGCAGCAGCGGAUCGACAGCCAGCCGGAGCAGCAGGCAGCUGGCGAGACGGCGGCCGAUGGCAGGCAGACUGAGCGCGGCCAUGCUGAGACGAACAGCGAGCUGCCGCAGCCCGAGCAGCCGGCCGCACCUGACGCCGAUCAGCCGCUGUCGCCGACGCUGAGAACCCGGUACGGACGCGAGGUGCGACGUCCGGUUCGUUACGGAUUUGAUGAACCGGACCUGACCUCCAAUGCCCGGGUCAUACCUUGUAACGUUAGCGACCACGACCUUAUCACUGCUUCGAUCACCAACACCAAGACACGACAUGUGCCCGUCACAUGCACCGUGCGGUCCACGCGCCGUGUCGACACUGCUGCCCUCUGCCUCGACCUGCUGCUGGUGGACUGGGCGGAGGUCGACCGUGCCGACUCCAUAACCGACAAAUGGAACGGCUUUCAACGCGUGUGGGACCCGGUGAUUAACCAGCACACGCCGAUGAGGACCGUCAAAAUGAAGCAUCGACACCGCCCCUGGAUGGAUGAUGAUGCUGUGACAGACGCGAUGGCGGCUCGAGACCAAGCGCGGAUCGACAGAGACACCAUCACGUGCGAUGACACUGACCGAGAGUUUCGGCAAUGCCGUAACGCCGUCAAAGUGGCCAUUAAUCGAGCCUGCGCCUCCCACUAUGCCUCUCUGUACAGAAACUCGCGACCCAAAACGCGGAAGAGCAUCAGACAGUUUUUGAUUGCAUCAAAGAAGGCCGAACCGAGGACUACCGACCUGAAUGCUGCAGACAACGGGUGGCCAGAUCGACUGAACCGAUUCUUCGCGUCAGUCGGCCCUGACGUGGCUGACGCCCUGGCCGCGGAGGACACCGGGGACAGACUGACACCCCGUCCGCCACGUGUGUGCUCGGGUGCAUUCAGACCGCGGGCCGCCACUCUCCCCGAGCUUUCUGCGGCGCUCCAGCGGUUGGGAUCCUCGCGGGCAUGCGGAUCAGACGGCAUCACUGUGCACAUGUUGCGUGUGUUGUAG